CAGAAACCCUAUCUGAUUUAAAAACAGGAAGUGGGCAUGGCCUGUUUUCAAAUGAGCAGGCAUUAAAUUAUUUACUAGCUGUCUAACGGACGACACAGGAAAACGAGACUUCAUAGAUAAACAAAAGCUUCGGUCGACACCAUGAAGAUCGCAUCUUUUAACAUCAGACGUAUGGGUCCAAGUAAGCUGUCAGACAAAAACAUAGUAAAAUAUCUCAUUAAGAUCUUCUCAAGGUACAGUAUAAUCCUCCUUCUCGAGGUGGUGGACAAAUCAGGCAAAUCUAUAGACAAAUUUCUGCAGGAGCUCAACAGCACCAGAGCUAAUAAGAAACGUCCCUUCACGAUGGUGGGAAGCUCCAGGCUGGGACGGACUCUUUAUAAGGAACAGUUUGUCUGUUUCUACAGAGAAGAUGAGGCCGAACUGGUCGACACGUACCAAUAUGAAGACAAUCAAGUGGGUGACGAGGACGCUUUCUCCCGAGAGCCCUUCAUCUUGCGUUUCCGCUGUAAAAACACAGUGCUGAAAGAUUUGGUGUUGAUCCCCGUUCACACAAAGCCCAAAGACUCACAGAAGGAACUGGAUGAACUUUAUGACGUCUUUCUGGAUGUCAUGGAUAAAUGGAAAACGGAUAACGUCAUGAUCCUUGGUGACUUCAAUGCGGACGGUGCCUAUGUCUCCAAGAAGAAGAUGAAGACCAUCAGGAUCCGCAGCGAUCCCAAUUUCCACUGGCUGAUUGAUGAUGAUGUGGACACCACAGUUAUCCAGUCCAAUGACUACAGCUACGACAGGAUUGUGGUCUAUAAGGACGACAUGUUAAAAGCUAUUGUUCCAAGAUCUGCGAAACCUUUUAACUUCCAGGAAGCCUACAAACUUUCAGAUGAAACUGCCCUGGACAUCAGUGAUCAUUACCCAGUGGAGGUGAGUCUGAAGAAAUCAUCUGCGGCAAAGACCAGCAGCAAAACCAAAACCAAAACACAGAAACGCAAAGCAUGAUGGGAUGCCAAUGCACACUGUAUGGGAUUUUAACUUCUCUUUACUACCUCUUUAUAAGAUAAUUCAGGCAUUAAAAAUAAUUUUAAAUCAGCUAUCCUUUCAUGAUAAUUCACUGUAAUAGACUUUUUUAAAUAUAGUUCACAUGCUUAUAAAUGAAUCUGAAAUUUGAAAUGACUGUGAAAUCUCCAAAUAAACUUUUAAUUUU